AUGGCUCGCAAGAAGGUGGCUCGCAAGGCGACCCUCCAGUACAUCCCCAAUGACUCGACCCGGCGCAAUAGAUUCAAGAAGCGCCUCAAGGGCCUGAUGAAGAAGGCGGACGAACUAGCCGUCCUGUGCGAUGCCAAGACCUGCGUAUUGGUGUACGAUGAGGGCAAGGCAGCGCCGAAGGUGUUCCCUUCCCAGGCCGAGGCGGUGGGUAUCCUGAAUCAAUUCAAAAGCAUGCCGGAGUUGGGGCGCUGCAAGGAGGUGAUGAACCAGAAGCGUUUCAUUAGCAAGCGCAUUGACAAGCUCCGGGAACAGGUCGACAGGACCCGUCGCGAGUGCGAGGACGGCGAGAUCAGGUCCCUCCUUCACAAAACCAUGCAUGGCGACCUCUCGGGCCUCGUUGGCCUCAACAUCGAGGAGCUCACCAAAGUUGGCUACAAGGUGGACGUGCUUCUCAAGAGCAUUAGCGAACGCAUGGCAAAAAUCCAUUCUCAGGCGCCGCCGCCAGCUCCAUGUGUCGCCACUGGCAGCAUAGACAUGGGGUCUCCCGCGUUGUAUCCGGCACCACCUCAGCAGGAGAGCCGACUUGACAUGGUGAGCUCCGGAGGGGACCUCGACACCCUGGUCUAUGGUGGCUACGCCAGCGCCAACUUCUCUAGCAGUGGUAUGAUGAUGCAGAUGCAGUCCAUUGAUAUGGGGUUCGGUUCGAGUCCUUUCCCUCCCAUACCGUCCUUCGUUCUUCAGAACCACAAGAUGACAACAUUUGCUCAUCAAGAGGACAUCGUGGCCGAUCCAAGAUGCAGUCCUUCGAUUUGGGGUUUGGUUCGAGCUCUUUUUCUCCCACACGCACAGCAGGACCACAUUUUCUUCAUCAUGUGCGUCCGUGGUCAUCUUGCUCGUCAAGACAACAUCAUGGCGGCGUGGCCAAGGAUCUGA